UUUUCCUCAUCUUUUCAAAAUCAAUUCAAAUGAGGAAUAUCGAGGAUCUAUACCGAUACCAUGUCAGUACCCAGGCAAAAGUUCCUGGAUUGGCACUGUCAGCGACGAGAGGAAGAGUACAUCUUUGACUUUCAAGAAGAGAUAUACAGAUACUGCCGAUCAGACGUAGAUAUACUUCGAUGGUUCUGUCUUCAAUUCAGGGACGAGUUUCUCACAACCUACGAUGUAGAUCCCUUCAGAUACACGACCAUUGCUUCUUUAUGCAUGGCUGUAUACAGAAGAAAAGUUAUUCCACCACGAUCGAUAGCUCUCAUAUCUAACCACCGAUACUUUACGACCAACAACUACAGCCAAGUAAGUAACCAAUGGUUAGAUUAUGUACAAAAAUAUAGAGGGUAAAGAUGCAACAUGCAUUUAAUGGGGGUGAGAAACAGAUCCUGAAUUACAGAGUAGAAGGUUUCUGACGAUCUAUGAGUUUUACGAGUACUGCUACCAUAGUUGUAAUAAAUGUUAUGACUCUGACACAAAGAAUGUAGUUCUAAAUAGACCCAUGUGUUUUAUUAGAAAUCGUAGAUUUCAAAGACAGAAACAACUUGAAGCUCUAGGAUACGAAGUCAUAACAAUAUGGGAGCAUGAGUUUAAGAAAAUAAAGUAUAAUGUUACAUAAUUGGGAACAUUAGUUUCCCACCUGGAUGUACUAGACGUCUUCUAGGGAGAGUCAAUCCCACAAGACUUUUAUACGAUAUAAAAGAAGGAGAAAAGAUCAAGUGGAUUUUACAUGUUAUAUCUGUGACCAAACAAAUAUUGUGAGUAUCUGGUUGAACAUCCCACAAUAAUAACAACAAAUUUAUCUCAUUUAAAUAAUUAUUUUGGUUUUAUAAAAUGUAAAACUCUAGCCCUUAGGAAAGUAGCAUCCAGUUUUACCAUUGUAAC